AAUGCUGCUAGACAUCCUACAAUGCACAGCCCCCACGUGAUAAAGAAUUAUGCAGCCCAAAUUGUCAGCACUGCUGAAGUUGAGAAACUUUGUUCUCGGUGAAAGUUUCAACUAAGAGAAAUUUGUUUCCUAGGCCUAAGUCUCCACAUCUGGAACAAAGUAACUCUUAUGUGGCAGGCAGGAGAGGAGCUCUGGGGACAGGAAUCCCACCUGGAAGAAGAGCUCAUCCGACAGGAACCACCCUCACCAGAGCUUCAGAGCAUGCAGAAGAACCUAGAAAGGAGUGGGUCCUAAUUUGCUUCACCAGAAACAGUUCUAAUUUCCUUGUCCAAAAAGAGCCAGAUUUGGUGAUGUUACCAUAUACAGAAGCUAUCACAGACUAUGUGACUGGAAACUGGACCAGCUUGCAGAAGCUUACCCAUCACAGUUCUCUGUACUCUCCCAACAACAGCAGAAAAUGAACACAUCUCAGAUUGAGCAGAAAAGUGUCCUGUUGCAGGCAUCUGUGUCAUUCAAGGAUGUGACUGUGGAAUUCACCCAAGAGGAAUGGCAGCAAAUGGGUCCUAUUCAGAGGACUCUGUAUAGAGAUGUGAUGCUGGAGAACUACAACAACCUCGUCUCAGUGGGGAACUGCAUUUUCAAACCAGCAGUAAUCUUUAAGUUGGAGCAUGGAGAGGAGCCUUGGUUCUUAGAGGAAGAAUUCUCAAACCAGAGCCACCAAGAGAUCAGAGAUGAUGACCUGAUGAAGAAGAACAAGAAAAUCCAAGAUAAACACUUGCAGGAAAUAAUAUUCAUCGAUAAUAAACCAUUGACUAUAAAGGAAGAGGAAGUUUUGGGAAAACCGUUUAAUCUGUGCAUAGCUCCUGUUUCAAAAAAGAUAUCCUGUAAAUAUGACUCAUGGGGAGUAAAUUUGCAGAAUAUUUCCCAAUUUAUCAUCAAGAAUAGAACCUAUCCAACAAAAAUUCCAAAUUGCUAUAGUGUAUGUGAUAAUUUGUCUUUCAAAAUUAAGUUUGAGAGAACUCAUACUGGAGAGGAGUUUCAUGAAUAUAAUAAAAAUGGAAAAGCUCUCAGUUAUAAGGAAAAUCUUCCUGAGAAUCAAAAGUGUCAAACUUUGGAACAAGCUUUUAAAUAUGAUGGAAUUGGAAAGGCCAUCUAUGAAGAGGCUGCUUGUGUUACAGGUAAGAGUAUUCACACAAGAGAAAAAUCCUAUAAAGAUGAUGAAUUUAGGGGGAAAAGUGAAAAAACAACUGUAUUUGACUAUAAAAGAACUGGGAUUGGGGAGAAAUACUCUCCUCUUAACCAGUGUGGGAAAUCCUUCUGUGGGAAAUCAGCUGUCAAGGAAUACAGUAAGUUUAACAUGCCUGUGAAACACAAUGAAUGUAAUGCAAAUGGAAAUAAUUUCAACAGGAAGUCACACAUCACUCAACUUCAGAGAAUUGUCAUGGAAGAGAACCCAUUGGUAUGUAAUGACAGAACACAAACUGGGGAUACAUCCUUUGACUAUCAUGAAAAUAGGAAAUCCUACCAGGUGUCAGCCCACCAAGUACCCCGGAGAACUCACUCUGAGACAAAACCCUAUAAAUGUAAUGAAUGUGGUAAAUCCUUCUUUCAAAAAGGACAUCUCAUUCAGCAUCAAAGAACUCACACAGGAGAGAAACCAUUUGAAUGUAAUGAAUGUGGAAAAACUUUCUCCCAGAAGUCACACCUUAGUACACAUCGGAGAAUUCACACAGCAGAGAAACCCUAUAAGUGUAAUGAAUGUGGGAAAACAUUUGUCCAGAAAUCAACCCUUAGGGGACAUCAGAGAAUUCAUACAGGAGAGAAACCCUAUAAAUGUAGUGAAUGUGGGAAAACUUUUGUUCAAAAGUCAACCCUCAGAGAUCAUCAUAGAAUUCACACAGGGGAGAAAUCCUUUCAGUGUAAUGAAUGUGGGAAGACUUUUGGUCAGAAGUCAAACCUCAGGAUACAUCAGAGAACUCACGGUGGUGAGAAAACAUAUCAAUGUAAUGAAUGUGAAAAAUCCUUCUGGCGAAAAGACCAUCUCAUUCAACAUCAGAAAACACACACAGGAGAGAAACCAUUUAAAUGUAAUGAGUGUGGGAAAACUUUUGCCCGGACAUCAACCCUUAGAGUUCAUCAGAGGAUUCAUACCGGGGAGAAACCAUUUAAGUGUAAUGAAUGUGGGAAAAAAUUUGUCCGUAAGGCAAUACUUAGUGAUCAUCAGAGAGUUCAUACAGGGGAGAAACCUUUUCAGUGUAACAAAUGUGGGAAAAGUUUUGGCCAGAAAUCAAACCUCAGAAUACAUCAGAGAAUUCACAGUGGGGAAAAAUCUUAUGAAUGUAAUGAAGUUGGAAAAUUGUAUAAGAAGUCAACUCUAAAUGUUUGCCAGAGAAUUCAGGGAGAGGGAAAACCCUAUUGAUAAUAAUAACUAUGGAAAAUCCUUCUGUCUGGAAGGAUUUGACUCCAGAAAACCCACACAUAUAAAUAUGAAUGUAGGAAGAAUUUUAUCCAAAAAGCAACUCUGAAAGUCUAUCAGAGAAUAGACAUAGGCUGAUAUUUCAAAGCCCUUUUGAAAGAAGCCAUGCCCUUUAGAUAACUCAGAAAAUUUCCUAGUCUCCCUUUCCUCCAUGUAGGUCUUUGGGCUAUGGAUGCUCAUGUUUUAUGCCACUAUCAUUUGUGACAAAAGACCUCACUGACUCUACUAGGAUGCUGUCAGAAUAGCCUUGAAGUUGUAAAAUAUCAUGCUUUAACAUGGUACAGCUUUUACACAGUAACACCCAGGGAACCUGAAAUAUGUGGAACAAAAUUCCAAUUCACAUCUUUACCUUUUGAACAUUUUGUGAUCGAGCAGUAAGCUUGAUUCUAUUGAGCUCUUACAUGUUUAAGUCUGUUUCCUUUUGAACAUAAUUUAGCCAUCCCUCUGCUGGGGAGGUAGAAAGUUAUUAUUUAACCCAAGCUUACAUCAAUCAGUGGGUACAACACUUAUUAAAGGGUUGGUGUUGUGAGGAAUUCCUAAAAGAUCAUCAGAGAAUUCUGUUUUUUAAAAAUCUCCUUUCAAUGUAAUGAAAUAGAUGAUACCACCUGUUACAGGGCUUUUGAUGAACUUAAAUUAUUGGAAGAUUUUUGGCUAAAAUGUGAGCACACCUCAUGCAAGUAAAGUAAAUGUUUCUUUAAUGUCAUGAAGCCACUCAUACCUCCAUAUACCCCAACAUCAGCUGUUUUAAGGGAAAGCUUCCUGUCUCCAAUGGGGACCCAUGGCCAUUGGCACCCACCCAAGUAUUUGGGGGAACUCUGAGAGAGGAAAGGUGCUCAAACUUACGGCUUUAUGGGAUACAGCUGCCCAAAUCAAAUUCUUAGCACUUCACAUGGAGGUAGGAAGUAUCUAGAUUUUAAAAAAUGUUAUUAGGGCAGGGGUUACAGUAGGCAAGGGAAAUGAAUGUGAGCCUAUGAACUGGCCUUUUGACAAGUGCAGUAUACUGUGGUUCCUUCUAAAUCUGAAAGUGUAGUAGGAAUGUGUUAUAUGUUAUACUUCCUACUUCCCAUAAUUCAGAAGGGAUUCUUCCAGUCAGAAAGAAUUGUGUGUAAAGAAGAUAACUUUGAGGUCCCACAGCCUUUAAUGACCACUUUGUGCUUCAGUCUCUGUAACUAGUCAUUCUGUUGAUUGGAAUUUCUGGCAAAAGGAGAUGCCCUUGUGGUCAGGGAGAAGGGUAGUUUGACUUGAUACCCUAACAAGGCUACCAAGUAUACACCUUUUGUAAAGCAGCUAUUAGGUUACUCUUGGGCUCAACUAUCUAACAAGAUAAAAAGGACACAAACCUCAGGUGUAAAAUGUACAUGGUAUACUUAAGAAUACAGCUGCCCUGGUCCCAGCAGUAUCUCAGCUGUGUAUCACAUUGCAGCAGCUGCCCCUUACAAGAAAAUGUAUCCCCCACUCUUGCCUGAAGCAAAGCUGCUGGCUUAGUAGGGCCUUCAAUUCAUAGAAGUUACUCUAAUUGGGCCUGGUUCACUGACAGGCUAGUGGGAAUCACUGAACACUGACUCUUCAACUUUGAAGAUCCCAGAAUUGAUUAUGCAGACCCCAAAAAUUAUGUGGCUGCUCCUUUCAAUUGGCAGGACACAAGGAUGUUCUCAACACUGGCAAAUAGUCCAUUUGAAACUUGUGGUAUUUUUAUUGAUUCUGGUUCUUAUUGUGCCUAACUGUUUGAUACACUGGUAGUAAAACUACAGGUUGACAAAAGCACUCCUCUUUGGUGCUGUGAACUGUGGGGGGUAGGGGGAGUCAGCUGCUAAUAAGCACAUCUGAGUUGUUAAACUAGAUGCCCUUGUUAAGUGACUAUUCUAUGAUAAUGAUGACUGGAAUCAAGCUGUUGAGCAAGCCUGGAUCCAUCAUUAUACUGACAGAGCAAAGUAACCACCAUCUUAACUGCAUACAAAGUAAAAGUGUAUAUAUACAGUACUUCCUUUGAUGUCAUUUGACCUAAGAAUCUACAGCUUUCGCCUUCUGUAUUAAUACCCAAUUCCACAUGCCAUUUGAUAAUUCACCCUUUCCUACUGAUUUUAAAUAUGUUCAUAUGCUAAAUUGUCUUUUGUAAAGCUAUCACACAAGACUGUUCAUGACCCAUUCCCUAGAUUCUGUUAGCAGCAUAUCCUCUUUUGGGGAACAGAGCUAACAUAGAACUCAUAUGAGCCAAAAUAUUCUAUCUGAUAGUGAAUUUUUCACUGAAGAGUGUUUCAAUCAGGAAAAGAAUACCUCCUAGGACUUUGGAAAUGGAACAUCACACACUAGAGCUGCCAAUGCCCUUGCCAAGAUGUAUCUGCAAAAAAGAAGAUAAUAACUAGUUAGUGCUAUUCCCUGAAAAUAAUCAAGAGGUUACUGUUUGCUCUGUUUUUAUAACAGGUGAUAAUAUAAAGAAAGUCUUUCAUUAUUUCUUAAAACUUUUUCUCAGUUUCUUAAUAUAUUUAGAAUCCUCUCCCUCAUAACCCUUUUGUAUGUAAUCUUUAGAAUUAUGAUUGGAUUUGCUAUUAAGUUCAAGAUCAUCUACCCACUAGAAUGAAAUGAAUUCACCUAGGUAGUCAGUCAUUCAUUGAAAUUCCAGGGGACAAAAUCCCAUGAUUGUGUAUUUAGGCUUAAUCUGUUGCCCGUAGAACACCUCUCUGUGUAAUAAUACAUUAUCAGCUAGAUCUGUGCUAUAGCCAUGAAUGCUCCCUUCUCCCUGCUUGGCUGAUCUCCUUUCCAGGUAAUGGCUUUUAUCCCAACAGAUGGAGGCCACAUCUAGAGACACUGGAAGAGUCCAUUUUCUGUCUGCCUGCCUACUGAGGGCCUAUAUGCUAAUUUUUCAAAGCCUCCAUUGAGGGCAGGAAUUUUUAUGUUUUGUUCAUAAUAAACCCCAACCACCUGAAACAGACCCUCUACAUUUUAGGCGCUCAGAAAUAUUUGCUGGAGGUGGAAUAGUCAUAGUGAAAUAUGAACAUACUUUCUUUGGAUACUUCAAAUGAUCUUUUAUGAUUAUUCAUAUUUAUUAAAAUAGUUAAGGAAAAUUGUUGCUGUGAGCUCCACUCAACUCCUGUUUUGGAUAUUUUCAGAAGUUGCUAAAAGAAACUUGUUCUUAAUAUUCAGAAGUAUACAGUACUGUUCUUCAAAUAUUUUGUCACCCAAAAUAAAAUUUAUUUUCA